AUGGUAUAUGUUUCUAAACCCUGGACUUUUUCAGAUACUAAUAGAUUGGCAGGAAGCGACUCAUCGUCGGAGGAGAGCGGCGCCUCGACGUCGCCGCCGACGACGCCGCCGCCAGCGAUGCCGUACCAGGAGAGGGCGAGACGGUCGGCGCAGGCGCACAGGACGGGCGCGCACGCGCACCACCUGCAGCACCAGAGGCACCAGCUGGGCGAGUUUGGCGGCAAGCAUCAGCGGCCGAUGGGGGUGGCAGCUGCUGCAGCUGCGUCGUUGCGGGUCAAGCCGUCGCAGAGGGAGAUGAACUUCAGCUUCAAUCCCAAUAAUCGUCCAAUGUACAGAUGUGACGGCCCCCAAUACCCUAUGACCCAAGCAUUUUAUAGGAAUAUGAACUACAAUAGGACACAUAAGAAUGUUUUAAGAGUGUAG